AUGGAUCUGGCGUACGAUCACAUCCAGGAGAACUCUCUCCCCAAGGAUGCCGAUAAGAAGAAUGGCGACGCCAAGGACACCAAAUCCGACCAGCCGCAGUCAUCUUUGAACGAUGACUUGCAGGAGGCCUACAAGGCUAUCUCGUCCAGUCCCUGGGGCAUGCGCAUCGGCGGUUUCUUGGGAAGUGCCGUGAAGCAGGGACAAGAAGUUUACAAGGAAGCCUCCAAAGAGGUGACGGAGCUCGGCCAGGACGCAUCCAAGGGCUUCAGCUCGAUCAUCAGCCGAACGAGAUCCCUCACCGUCAACACGACGACGCAAGACGAGUCCUCCGGAGACAAGAGCAAGGAGACCGACAGCCAGACGACCCCCACAAAGACCAGAGACCUAGCAGCUUCGGACGACGCCAUGAGCAGCUCCGAGAACUACCUCACCCGGCUCCGUUCCGAGGCAGCCAAGCGGCUCAAGGACCUGCAAAAGGCCGAGGACGCCGCCGAUGAAGCUCUGCUCCGCUUCGGCACCAAUAUUAGCAACUUCCUCAAGGAGGCGGUCAGCAUCGCGCCGCCCACCGACGCCAACAACCAGGGAGGUGCCGUCAUGUUCGAGAGCAAGGACGCACAAGGCAAGCGGGUGAUUCACACCUCGAGGCAAGACGCCCAGCUGCACGUCAUCCACACGAGCACCGAGAGCUUCGCAAAGGACCCUGCCACGGAGGAAUUCGCGACCUGGGCCAAGACCUUUGACGCGGAGAAGAAGACGGCUGAGAUUAGCGACGACUUGAACAAGUACCCCGAACUGCGAACGACGAUGGAGAAGCUCGUGCCCGAUCAGGUUCCCUAUGCCGAGUUCUGGAAGAGAUACUACUUCCUCAGACACGGCCUGGAGGCUGCUGAGACCCGACGACGUGAUUUGCUCAAGGCUGCUUCUGCCGAGGACGAAGUUGGUUGGGAUGAUGACUCGGACGACGAGGCCACUGCAACUGCUCCUGGUGCUGCAGCCCCUGCUACCGCCGCUGUCACUCCCGCCCCUGCUGCUGCUGCUGCUCCCAAGACUGAGCAGACGCAAGCCCGCCCGCCAUCAGCCGAGUCCUCCACUACCAUUCAGCCUCCCGCCCAGACCUCCUCCACCCUCAAGCCCGCCGAGUCCCGCAAGUCCAACGACGAAAAGUCCCAGGCCGACAGUGACACCAGCUACGACGUUGUUGGUGCCACGUCUGGCGUCCCUAGCCAAGCCCCCAACAGCCCCAAGGACUCCCGCAAGGCCGACGAUAGUGACGAUGACUGGGAGUAG